UGGUCAAACAGAUACCUAUCUUCCUUAUUAACAAUAUGUGAUUUUGAGUGUUCAUUUUAUUUCACCCAUAAUUAUUUUGUAUGCAUUGUGAAAUUAGGUUAGGUGUAUUUGUGUUCAAAGAUAUACCCAACUUGAAAAUAGAUCGCUAAGAUGAUUUGUAACCAUUUUCGAAUAAUUGAACUCAAAAGAAUUAUUGCAAGGCGCUGAAAUAGAUAAGAGGAUAGACCGACCGGUUACCAUAUAACUCAAUAAACAAUGGACUUGGAUGAUAUGUUAGAGGAAAUAGGGGAGUUUGGGAGAUUUCAGAUUACUAUUUACAGCUUGGUAUGUCUGCCAGUCUUGUUUGCAGCAGCCAACAGUUUGAGUUAUGUGUUCACUGCUGGAGUACCUAAUUACAGAUGCUAUAUACCAGAAUGUGAGGACUUGAACAGUACAUCUUACGAAACGCCUUGGAUGAAAUGGGCCAUACCUCCUGAUACUAAAUCAAAGCAGGAUGGUUUUAAACCUAGCACAUGUACACGAUACGUGCCGAAAAAUUACUCAAACUUCAAUUCGGUUUGCUCACCGUCUAGUUUCACAAAUGAAACUGAACAGUGUUCCGAAUGGAUCUUUGCACACGAUGAACGAACAAUUGUGAAUGAUUGGAAAAUAACUUGCCUAGAAAAUCAGUGGAAAUUAUCUCUUGUUGGUUCCUGCCAUUUUGCUGGAAUUAUCGUAGGAUCAGCAUUGUUUGGCAUAUUAGCAGAUAGGUAUGGAAGGAAACGUAUCUUCAUAAUUUGCAUUUUAUUGAUGGGAAUAUCAGGGAUGGCUCAAACUAUAAGCCCUGAAUAUGUUACUUUUGAUAUUAUGAUUUUUGUGAAUGCUAUGGGUACCGCUGGAGUGUACCCUCUGGCUUUCAUAAUUGGAGUAGAAAUGGUUGGAAAGAAAAAGAGAGAGCUUACUGGAAUAGUAUUAAACUAUUUUUAUGCUAUAGGUGAAGCAUUAGUAGCUUUAAUAGCCUGGUGUACAAAAGACUGGGUCAUGCUUCAGCUGACUGUAUCUGCACCUGCUGUCCUCUUUUUUGUUUAUUUUUGGAUGAUACCAGAGUCAGUUCGGUGGCUGUUGGCCAAUGAAAAGCGAAAGAAAGCCAAAGUUAUCAUAUGUAAAGUAGCCAAAGCAAACAAAGUGAUAUUAUCAGAUAACGUAUUGGAUACGUUCAAAGAAGAUUCCUCUCUGACGGGAAAGCAAGAAGUUGAUACCAAAAUACUUCCAGUGGUGAAAGAAAUGCUUGAAUCGAACAAAUUAAUUCUAAGAUUCAUUAUUAUCUAUAUUAUUUGGGCUGUGAAUGCUUUUGUAUAUUAUGGUCUCUCUGUCAAUUCCACUAGCAUGAGUGGAGAUAAAUAUAUUAAUUUUGCACUUGUUAGUUUAAUUGAAAUACCUGGUUAUACGUUGGCAUGGGUGAGCAUAAGGCACUGUGGAAGGAGAUUUUCUUUAGUAGGAUCGCUAUUACUAUGUGGUCUAACUUGUGGGUUGACUAUUUUGCUACCUCCAGAUUUAGCAUGGGCUGAAAUGUCAUUAUUUUUACUUGGAAAAUUAGGAAUAACAAGUGCCUUCGGCAUAUCAUAUGUAUAUACAGCUGAAUUGCUUCCUACAGCAGUUAGAAGUGGAGGAGUCGGCUCAGCUUCAACAGUGGCCAGGGUAGGAGCACUGCUUGCACCAUUCGUUCCCCUUUUGGGUGUUUAUAUGCAGUCCUUGCCAUCAAUAUUAUUUGCUUCAGUUGCCAUAACAGCAGGACUUUUAGCAUUGAAACUACCAGAAACACUUGGGAGAAAAUUACCAGAAACAGCUAAAGAAGCAACACUCAUUUGAUAUUCAUAUAUUCUCAACAUAAUUUGGAAAAUAUAUAAUUUGAUUGGGUU